AUGGAUCUUCAUUACAACAGACACCACAGAACUUACAUCACCAAUCUGAAUGCGGCGCUCGGCGCACAAGCAGAAGCAGCCUCUUCCAACAAUCUGGUGAAACAACUCGAGCUUCAAUCCGCCAUUAACUUCAAUGCUGGUGGACAUAUCAACCAUACCCUCUUCUGGGAGUCGCUUGCUCCUGCUUCAAGCGGGAACAAUAACCUCUCUGCCGUUGCUCCUACCCUCGGCGAUGCCAUCACCAAACGGUGGGGCAGCUUCGACUCCUUCAAGGCGGCCUUUGAGUCCUCUGCUUUGGCGAUACAAGGGUCUGGCUGGCAAUGGCUUGUUCGGGAUCCGCAGACAAAAGGACUGGAGUUAACCACGAGCAAGGAUCAGGACUUGCCUAAAGGGGGAAAGGGGAUUGUGCUGGGUGUUGACAUGUGGGAGCAUGCGUACUAUAUACAAUACUUCAACAACAAGAAGGAAUACCUCACCAAGAUCUGGGACGUGAUUAACUGGCAGACUGCCGAAAAGAGAUACAACGGCGAUCCAAGAGCUGCCUUCGGAUCGUUGGCCGGAUUAGUCGGACAUUUGUAG